AUGCUUAUUCCCAAGCAACUCAUGGCCGUAGCCCUCGGCUUCGCAUCCUUCGUACUCGGCCAGAAUUUCAACAACCCCGUACUCUGGGAGGACCUGGCCGACAAUGAAAUCAUCCGCGUUGACAACACGUACUACUACACGGCCUCGACGAUGCACUACUCGCCGGGCGCCCCCAUUCUGCGCUCGUACGACCUCGUCAACUGGGAGUAUCUCAGCCACGCCGUACCUAGUCUUGACUGGGGCACAAAGUACGACUUGACUGGCGGCCAGCAGGCUUAUAUCAAGGGCAUCUACGCCUCAACCUUCAAGUAUCGCAAGAGCAAAGGGCUUUGGUACUGGAUCGGCUGCAUCGAGUAUUCGACCACCUACGUCUUCACCUCCACGUCGCCCACGGGCCCAUGGUCACAGAAAGCCAAGAUCGCCACGUGCUACUACGAUGCGGGCCUCUUGAUCGACGACGACGACACCAUGUACGUGGCCUAUGGAAACACCCAACUCAGCGUCGCCCAACUGUCAGCCGAUGGCCUCUCCGAAGUCCGAAAGCAGACUGUGUACUCAACGCCAUCCGACAUUGGCACCUUGGAGGGCAGUCGGAUGUACAAGAGAAACGGAAAAUACUACAUCUUUGUGACGAAGCCAGCUACCAGCCAGUACGUCCUGCAAGCCUCCAGCCCAUGGGGUCCGUACACAGUCAAAGCCCUCGUCCAGAGCGUCUCAGCCCCUGUCUCCGGGGCUGGAAACCCGCACCAGGGCAGUCUCAUCGAUACACCGGACGGCAAGUGGUACUACAUGGCCUUCAUCGACAACUAUCCAGGAGGCCGCGUCCCAGUCUUGGCCCCCGUCACCUGGGGCUCUGAUGGCUUCCCGGCUGUGACGCUGGCCAGCGGCUCUUGGGGCUCGUCGUAUCCCUACCCGGCGACUCCGAAAGCCGUGCAAUCGACACUCGGCACCGACUCCUUCAGCGGGUCGAGCCUGGGGCCAGCGUGGGAAUGGAAUCACAACCCAGACACGACGAAGUUCAAGGUCGCCAACGGCCUGACUCUCAGCACCGCGACAGUUACGAGCGAUCUGUACGCCGCCCGAAACACCCUGACGAAGCGUAUCCAUGGUCCUAAUGGAGUUGGUACUGUCGUCAUUGACUUUACGUCCAUGGCUGACGGCGACCGCGCUGGUUUGUCCCUGCUGCGGCAAACCUCAGCCUACAUCGCCGUCCAACGCUCCGGCUCUAGCUACUCCAUCGUCAUGUAUAAUGGCCUCACCAUGGUACAAAGCACCUGGGCCACCGCAUCGACUGGAUCGCAGGCCGCAAGUGUUUCCAUCUCCACGCGGAAGGUUUGGUUCCGUGCGACAGCGGAUAUUCACCCCGGCUCCGGGAAAAAAGGGUCAUUCUCGUACAGCCUAGACGGUACAACGUUUGUGACGUUUGGGUCGGAGUUGACUCUUGACAAUAGCUGGCAGUUUUAUAUGGGAUAUCGGUAUGGUAUCUUUAAUUUUGCAACUAAGGCUAUUGGUGGUUCAGUUAAGAUUGAAUCUUUUACCAGUGCAUAA